GACCUCCAAUCCCAUCGGCACGGAGCUAGAGGUGGUGAUCAUGGAUUGGGUGGCCAAGUUCCUGGGCAUCGGGCCUGCUUUUCACCACAGCUCCGGCGUUGGAGGUGGCAUCAUUCAGGGUACAGCCGGCGAGAGCAUGCUGAACAUGAUGAUCUGCGCGAGGACGCGUAU